CCCUGGAUCUCCUAUUCGGAUACUCUAUUCUCUCUAAAAACAGUGAAACAUAGAUACGAAGAAUCGAAGAUAGAGAAACAGAGAAGGAGAAAAAAGAAUUCCGUGAGCUGCUAUGGAUGAGAAAUCCGACGGGCUGGAGAUCGUCUCUAUCGGCAAGCUUUACAGCGGUCUUUGGGACAAGAAGUAUUGGAGCUCCUCUAGGGGCAAAGACCGCUAUCCUUAUCCUGUUGGGUACAAAGCUUUACGUAAUCAAAAUGGAGUUACCUAUAAAAUGGAAAUCCUUGAAGGCCUUAAUGGGCCCCUUUUCAUGAUUAGUUCUACAGAUGGCCAAUCAACUAGUGGGCAAACUCCUGAUAUUGCGUGGGAGUUCUUUCAGAAGAAAGGCUGUCCUCGAAUAAAGUCAUUGCCUGGGAAGAGAUUCUCCUGUAAAAUAGAUGGUGUGGAAGUUUUUGGAUUCAAAAAUCCGUUUGUUCAGAGGCUACUCAGGGAACUGGUGUCAGAUAUCAAUGAAGCUGCAGAAAAGCUGUCGCCAAGGUCCAACUUCUCUAACAGUGUGGCUUUGCAGACUAACAAUCAGAGCCAAUGCAUUGUAUCAAGUGCAGAUCCCAACCUGCUUCUACACUUGAAAAAACCACAAACAACUGGAAAGAGAAGUAGGAGAGAAAAAAUAAUGAGUGUUAACUCGUACAGGAAUACGGGUCUAAAAAAACAUAGACACCAGGACAAAAAUGAUAACCUUGAUGCUUCACAUUCUACUGGGAAGAGGCAUGAACCAAGAAAUAGUCUAAAAGUGUUGCCAGGGUCAGUGGGACUCGAAAGUAUAGUGCGAAAAGAAGAAAACCAAGUUUCAGAGGAGAAUGUUUCACAUGUGGCACCUUCAAAUACAAAUGAUCAUCCUAAAGUGAAUGGUCUCUUUUCCCAAGAUGAAAACAAGUGUUCUAGUUUUGAAAGUCAAUUGCCCUUAGAAGAAGUGGGCAUUUUGCCAAAAGAUGGAAAACCUUCUGACAGGUCAGAAGUUUUCAAAGUUGAGGUGCUAAGUAACUCCUUUAUAAAGGAAAAUAAUGAAGAAAAACAGGUCACAAACGGCUUGUGCUUAACAAAUGAUGCCAACCUUUACGCACAUGAUACCUUGGAUGACCCAACAGCUGACUCUUUAAAUCUUAAUUCAACCAAUGUGAAGGAUGAAAUAAGUGCUCCUGACACAGUCAUUCCUAAUGUUUUAAGAGCUGAUUCACACACAAAUGAAUUGGGAAUACCUAGUUCAAAUGUAAGCUCAGCAAAGAGUGAGUUUGAGACAUUUGAUCAGGAAGUAGCCAAGUCAAUGAUGACAGUUUUGCUCCCUCGGGCACUUCCUCUGCUGAAGACAUUCUCAAGGCGGAAAGCGAAUAGUGUAAAGCCCCCAGAAAAAUCUACCUGCAUGUCUCAGGAAGAAAAUAAGACUGACCAUGCCGCUGGCACGUGCGUUAGCAAGCUUUCUCAGAACUCAGAUUUGGAAAUGAAGGAAAAGAUUGAAUUUCCUGACAGAAGUCAUGCUUCAGUUUUACCAUGUAGUGGGCAUGCAGAAUUCAUAAUUCCUGAUAGUUUUGACAAUGAUGAGGGUGGAUAUGUUCCAGAUACUGAACUACCUCAGUCAUGUGAAAUUGUUGAAGCUGAACAAAGUUCUCCAGAUCUUUAUACUAGACUAUGUGAAACAAAGGUAGUACCAGAUAUAGUUGACUCAGAAGAAAAUUCAUUAGUUUCCCACGAUUUCCAGAUGGAUUUAUGCAAGAAUUCCAAAGAAGACAUGAGGAGAAGCGGUACCAGCAUAGCAUGCAGGAAGGUUCAUGUCCCGGCUUCAACAGAAAAAGUUCCAAACACAAUAAAUGGAUGUGGGUUCGUCAGUAGUGAAACCCUCAGUGCUGAACCAGUGGUCGAAUGUGUUCAUCUCUCAGAAAGUAUCGUAUGCAGGGAGUUUAGAGAUGACUGUGCUGCAGAGGAAGGUGCUAAAGUGAAUCCUUCAAAUGCUAUUCACUUGUCACAAGGGAAUGAUCAUGACCAGAGAAACGUAGUGGAAAGAAAUUUCUGUGGUAAUGAACAAAAAAUUGAUGGCUCUCCCCUAUGCCCCCAUAAUGAGGAUAGAGUGGCAAGUACUAAUUGUGUGCUUCAUGAUGUGGCCCCUACGUUGCAAAAUCAAGAAAAUAGUAGGAUAUUGGAUGGUAUUCAUAAUUCAGAUGCUCAUCCAACUAAUUCAUGCCAAGAAAUAUCUAAAUUUAAUGCACCUGGAGAGCAAAAUUUUGUUACUUCUCCAUUGUCAUAUAUGCAAAACCAAAGGAUGGAUACUUAUGAUGGUAUGGAUGAAGAGAAACAUGACAAUGAUGAUUCAAACUUCAUUAAUCAUAUGGAUAUAGAACAUAAUAAGAGCGAGAUAAAAGGUGUUUUUAAGUUUGUUGCUUGCUAUGUUCAUCCGAUGCCAGUUUCACUGGUACUUGUAACUACUGUGGAGAGAGAAAUCAGUAUAUGUGUUUUAUGUGGCCCCUUUUUGCAAAAGGAAAGAAAGCUUUUUAUAUACAAGGCACCCAUGAUCAGACAAGAUGAGGGGAACCCUUCUUUUGUUGGCUAUGCAUCAUUAAUGUUACCAUUUGAUAGAGAUAUUGAUCUGGACAGUACUGCUUUACAGUUUUCUCCUCAUGGGCAAUACCUUGUGUUGUUGAACAGUAUAAAAGCUCCAUGCUGCAGGGAGGGUGACAUAUAUUGUCCAUGCUUGGCAUGCACAUCAGAUCUCGAGGAUAACGCAGUAAAAAUUCUGCAAAUUAAAGAUGGUUACACUUCUGUCAUAGCUAGGUUACAAUCAACAGAAAGUGUUCGUUGUAUAUUAGUCUGUAGACCUCAUCACCUUCUUGCGGCUGACGACAGUGGGAAGCUGAACAUUUGGUUCAUGAACUCGAGAUGGAGCAAGUCAACAGAAGAGUUCUUUGUGCAAUCACCAAGUUGCAUGCCUCCUUUAAUGGAAUUGAAGAGAAUACCAAACUUUUUAUAUUUGGUUCUUGGCCUUUAUGGUUUUGGGGAGUUCAUCCUAUGGGACAUAGACAAGAGAGUUCUUGUAUCCAAAUUCUCUUCACAUACUUCAAUUUUUGGAUGUGUUCCUCUUAGUCUGUUUACGUGGAAGGCAAAAUGCAAUAUCCCUGUAGACCUAUGCACUGAGGUCCAUAAUGAAAUCAUGGAGGCCACAAAAGCAUCAUUUUCAGAAAAGGGCUACAACCAAGUUCUCAGCUACACAGAGGGUGACGAGGUGGUGGCAUGGUUUCUGGUUUCUACUGCUCCAGAUCUUGAUAAACACAGGCACCAAUCAAGUGAGCAAAGUGACCCACUUAGAAGUUGGAGGCUUGCUUUACUGGUUAAAAACACUUUAAUCAUGGGGGAUGUGCUGGAACCCAGAGCUGCACUAGUUGGUGCCUCUGUUGGCCGCGGAAUUAUUGGUAGAAGUGAUGGACAAGUCUACAUGUGGGACUUAAUCACUGGAACUAAGCUUGGUAGUUUGCAUCAUUUCAAAGAUGCGUCGGUUUCAAGUAUUGCCACAGAUGAUUCAGAGGCCGGUGCUUUGGCUAUAGCCAGUGAUGGAGGUGAGCUGCUGCUUUAUUUGCCCACUUGAAUGGAUUUUGCAACCUCGUGCAAAAUGCAAAUUAGACUGAAGUCACUGAACUGGGCAUGCAUGGUCAGUGAACUAAUCUGUCAGACACGACUGAAUGCUUGAUUUUAAGCCCUCAGCUACUAAAAUUUUGAUGUAAAUUACUAGUAGUAUUCAUACUGUUGUUGAUAGCCACUGUUAAAAGACAAACAAUGUAAAUAGGUUAAUGAAUAUGCAAUUCCUUGAAUUCGUUUGAGGUUUCACAA